GAUUGGUGGUUUCUUCUUGUUGUGUGGGAGAAAAAGCUGAGCAAAGAAAUUCAACUAUGGCUUCUUGGAAUUCAGUUCCACUUCAUGUCUCAUAUGAAGUUCUGGGAUGGUUUGCUUUUGUUUGUUGGUCUAUCAGUUUCUACCCACAAGUCAUCUUGAACUUUAAGAGGAAAAGUGUGGUGGGCCUGAACUUUGAUUUCGUGGUGCUUAAUCUGACAAAGCACACAGCCUAUCUCAUAUACAAUGCAUCUUUGUACUUCAGUUCUGAUAUUCAGAAGCAGUACAAAGACAAAUACGGUCAGAAAGAGAUGAUACCUGUAGCAGCAAAUGAUGUUGCUUUCUCAAUCCAUGCUGUUCUACUAACAGCAAUUUCCUUGUUCCAGAUUGCAAUCUAUGAACGUGGAAGUCAAAAAAUCUCUAAAAUAGCUUAUGGAAUCCUCCUUGCUGCGUGGUUGACUGCAGCAGUGUGCUUCUUUGUAGCCUUGCACAAUCAUCAUUGGCUUUGGCUACUCUCAGUCUUCACUGGCAUCCAAGUUUCUAUGACGAUCAUAAAAUAUAUUCCCCAGGCAGUGAUGAACUUCUUGAGAAAAAGUACAGAUGGAUGGAGCAUUGGCAACAUUCUACUGGACUUUUCUGGAGGAAUAGGAAACUAUUUACAGAUGGCUAUGCAAUCAAUCGAUCAAGAUUCUUGGGUCAACUUCUACGGAAACAUAGGAAAACUACUGCUAUCCCUGGUGUCUAUAUUCUUUGACAUCCUCUUCAUGUGCCAACAUUAUCUGCUAUAUCCUGCAAAAAAAAGCAAACCAGAGGCAUCUGCUGAACCUGAUAAUGCCAAGUCUUCCGAUCGACCAUUGUCUGAGAAUGUAUAAGAUGUUACUUCUUUCCUAGGUUCUGUUAGAUUUGUCAAAAAAAUAAGGAUAUCACAGUAAAAAAAAAAAAAAAAUUGUACCUUUUGUUGAA